AUGGCGGACGCGACCGAGUGGGCCGUCGAGCUGCGCCGCUGCAUGAAUGAGCUUGCCUCUCUCAACUCGCCGGUGGACACACAGGUUGCCGUCAACACGCCGGGCGUCGGCCGGCCUUCUACGACGCCCCGGCUUACGGCGUUCUCUGGGCUGCGGGCUGCCGAGCUGGAAGUCCACGUUCAUGUGUAG